AUGGUGAGUGGAGUGUUCAGCAGACACAUUGAUCAGAAGAACCUGCUUGCACGACUGUGCUGCAAGAGACAGAGUCACUUUGUGCACAUUGGACAAGAUUCUUCUGGUCGGUCUGUGAGUGUGGAUGUGGGAGUGUGCAGGUCACACUGUGGGGCAACAAUAAGACCAUCACAUGAAGCAGGACAGCAGGAACACCUGAAGCAUUCCUCAAUGCUGGAGUUCCUCAGGAGCAGAAAGAUGAGGCCCCACAGACCCGCUCCGUCAGAGACCUCGGGGCGUUUGAACCCGCAGCUCCCGUCGUGCGGGACGAACCAGGUGUGCGGGCCGGUCGGGGUGCGCGUGGACCGUGUGCUGCUGGUCGAGGGACCCCGGGAGGUGGAGGUCAUCCAGGAGUGUCACUGCGAGGUGAAGCUGGCUCAGUGCCUCCGAGUCCCCUCCCUGAAGACUUAUUACCCGGACACACCGUUCGAGACGGUGCUGGACGUGGGAGGAUGCUCCUGGUCCAAAGGAUUCCCAGAGGGAUUCUCGUGUGUUCCUGUUAAGUUUGACUCAGCGCUGCUGGAAACCCAGAACAAAGUGGAUC